AAAUUAAAAAUGUUGUAUGGCUUUACUGCCAUGUAGAGUAAAUAAAGUACAUUGACCAUAUAAAUUGACCAAUUGUGACUAUAAAAUCUCACCCUCACCCUUGCCUAAUGCUUGUCUAUAUAUUGAGCGCUUGCCUAGUAUAAUGUCAACAUAAUAUGGAGAUCAAAUGGCAAAUCUUGUUUCAACCACGGCUAAAAACGUUUACACCGUGCCUGGAAAUUAUGUAAUGCCACCUGAUAAAAAUCCUAGUGAACUUGUCUCAAUUGGUCGCAAUAUUCCAGUGACUAAUCUAGCAAAAGCAUCAUCAAGCACCAUUAAUCAUGCUGGUAUAGUCCAAGAAAUGCUAAAUGGCAGUCAAGAAUUUGGUUCAUUUCAGAUUAUAAACCAUGGAGUAUCGGAGAAGUUAAUGGAUGAUGUGAUGGAUUUAUUCAAGGAAUUAUUCGAGGGUUCAAAUGGGAGCUGCAAAGUGUAUGGAAGUGGGGUUAUUAAUCACACCAACAAAGAGGUUCGUUACUGGAAAGAUCUUCUCAUACAACCUGUGUUUCCUAUUGAAGAACAGACACAACAUUGGCUUGACAAUCCACCUAGAUAUAGGUUAUAAUCAAUCUAUUCUAGGUACAGAGUUUGCUGAUAUUAGCCGAGGCAUUACGAUGAGCAUGCCUCAGUUUUGAUGAAUCAAAAGCCAAGAAAGUACUCCCUCGUCUCAUUUCAUACUGUGGUGUUUAAUUUGACUAUAUAUGUGCAGAGUUUCACAUAAACUAAGGUGUCGUUUGGCCAUAAAAAUUAUUCACUUUUUUCCGGAAUUUUUUCCCCACUUUUUUCCCGAAUUAGCGUUUGGCCAUGAAAAUUCCGAAUACAACUUGAAGUCGUAUUCCGGAAUACCAAAAACUCAAAAAAACUUGUUUUUAAAAAAAAAAAAUCACUUUUUUCACUUUUUUACAACUACAUUUCACCAAAAACUACAAUUUCAAAAACUAUGGCCAACUCCAACUCCAAAAUUCCAAAAAAAAGUGAAAUAUUUUUUGGUAUUUAUGGCCAAGCGGCACCUAAAUAUUAAAGUACUUCCUCCUUCUCUUUAACUAAGUACCCGUUUGGCCAUGAGAAUUUUUCACCUUUUUCCGGAAAAUUAUUUCACUUUAUUUGGAAAUUAAUGUUUGGCCAUGAAAAUUCCAAAAAAACACAAAAAAUGUUGUUUUCAUUUUUUUUUUUACUUUUUUCACUUUCAAUACAUUCAAACAACCAAAUAUUCUUUGCAAAAACUAUAACCAAACACAACUCCAUCUUCAACUUCAACUUCAGCUCUAACUUUAAAAUUCCAAAUAAAGUGAAAAAUAUUUGGUUUUCAUGGCCAAACGAGGCUAAGUCUCUAUUGAUUUGACACUCUUCUUAAGAAAGCAAUUAUUAUAAAUUUGUUUUACUAAAUUCUUCAUUCUAACUAUGUUUUGGAAAUCUAAAUUUGACUAGUGGAGUAGUACUUUAUGUAUUGACUUAAUGAUAAAUGUAAUAUUUGAAAGAAAAUAUUAAAUUUCUCUUGAUUUGCUAAAACGAAUAAGUAAAUGGAAUAUUUUAUUCUAGUAUAAGAGAACUAAUAAGAAGAAACAGAGAAGAAACAGAGAGAGGGAGUAUAUAAUAUACCCAAAAUAUCCUUGGCAUCUCGUAAUCAACAAAAUGUCAUGUGAAAAUUGUCACCAGAGAUAAAUGAAAAUGCUUAAGUUGAGGAGUUUACAAAUAUAAAUAUAUUUUAAAAGAACACAUUUUGUUUCUGGAAUGAAACAAAAAAUGUACUUCAUUUGUUUUAAUUUGUUUGUCUUAAUUACUAGUUGGACAGUUAAAGGAUAUUUUAUUUGAUCAUAAUUUUUUCAAAUACCUUCUUUUCUUUGAAUUGUUAACUAUUGUGAAUUUUAUUUCAAAAUAAUUGAAGAUCCUAUGUCUGAAUUCAUACCGAACGUUAGUUAGUUUGACCCUUAUACUAAUCCGAAUCAAGCCAAACAAAUUGAAAACAAAGGGAGUAAUAGAGUAUCAUAUAUAAAGAAACUAGUGACAUUAUUCGCGCUUCGCGCAGUUAGAGACGAAAAUCUAUAUAUAUCUUCGUGAUUCGACUAUAUAUGUAAAUAGCUCUCAUCUCCGAUAUAAAAAUAGCUUUGUAUGUUUUUUUUUUUUUUUUACAGAAAUCACAAAAAUAAAUACGUGGAUUUAAAAAUUUUGGAAUGGUGACUACUCACGAAGUGGUUGGUAUUUGGGCAUAAUGAAGAGAAUUAAAAUAAAUAAUUGUUCAGUUGUUUUAGCGUAGCACAUUUAAUAUAACUAAAAGAAUUAAAUUUUUUUUUUUUGAGCUUUUGUAACAUAACAUAUAAAUGAUUAAAAAUAGAAAAAUGGCAAAAGAGAGCAGUUGCUCUUGCACUAUUGUCAAAAGCCCUGUUAAAUUUAAGAAAUAAUCCCUUUCUUCAUACUCAAUUAUUAAAGAUAAUUAAAAAUUUGAUUUUGGAAAAACUAAAAGUAUCUUUAAGUAAUCAGUCAAAACCAAAACACACAUUGAUACAAGUUACUACUCCAACCCAAAGGUAUUAUGCAAAACUAUUAAAUUUCAAAAACUAACGAAAAGUAAAAUUAAAGCAUUACUACUUACGUUUUAUGUCUGUUAUAAAAGUAAAACGAUUUUAACCGUUCUCAUUCCAAAAUCAAAAGUUACCACGAACCUAAGAUUUGGUAUCUAAAAAAAGACUAAGAGCCCGUUUGGAUUGACUUAUAAGUUGCUUAUAAGCUGUUUUCAGUUUUUUUGAGUGUUUGGCUGGCCAGCUUAAAGUCAUUUUGUGCUUAAAAUAAGUCCAAAAAAUAAUUGGGCAUGUUUAACUUAGCUUUAAAGCAGCUUAUAAGCUGAAAACAACUUAUAAGUCAAAAAAAUAAGUUGGGUUACCCCAAUUUUUAUUUUUUAUUUUUUAGCUUAUAAGCUGUUUCCAGCUUAUAAGCUGCUUUUUUUAAGCCCAUCCAAACAAGCUCUGUCACUUCAAGCUUCUUCUUUUGCCAUCUUAUGAUGCUAACUUCCUUGGCCACCUUAAGUUUACAUAUGUAUGUCAAAUUAACCUUAGAAAAUUCAGUAAUAUAAUUCUCUUCUACUAAAAUAAACUCUGCUUCUUGUUUUUUCUGUUCCUACCACAAUGAUCGAGUCACAAUAUAUCCUUUUGUUAAGAACUACAAAGUGGUUUUGCAAUUGGCUGCACUUUCAAAUCUUUACUCUUUAAUUUCUUCCAGUUGUAAUUCCUCAUGCAGUUUUUGAAUUUUCUUGUCCUUCUUUCCCGUAAGAUGAAGAAUUAAUUAGUUAACGGAUGAAAUGGAGAAAUAACAAAAACAAAUAAUUAGAGUAUAUGGUCAAAGAUUUUAGAAUUAAGCACAAUCUGUUACAAUAUUAAUUGUGAAAUAUUUCCUUGGGAAUGAAAGAAUCCACAUACCUGGCGUGACAGAACCAUUUUAAGCAUAUGGAGAACAACCUUAGAUCCAGAAAAAGUCACAUAGAGAAUAUUUGGAAAAUUAUGCCAUAAAAUGUCCAUAGAGGGAUAUUUAUAUAAGUAAUAGUAAAUUGCAAUUAUAGUGGAAGAUUAAAAGUCUGGCAAUUAUGUUUUGAUGAGAUCUAUUUUAGACAUUAUUUCAUGACAUAACUAAUAGUCUAAUACUAACUUUCUAUCGUUACAAUUUUGGGGAAGAGACCGGAGCCAAACAGUUACAAUCUCUCCUAAACGUCUUCUCCUUAUUUAAUUAAGUAAUGUAUUUAUUCACUUUUAAAAUUUUAAAAAUGAGUUAGUUAAGCAGAAAAUUUAGGAGAAAAAGACAAAAAAAAAUCAGAAAAAAGAUAAAUGCGAAUGUUGGCGAAACAGAGGUGCCAUAUCACUCUUCUUUGCCUAACUUUAUACUCCUAAUAUAUAUAGAUUUGACAUAAAGCUACAAAUGCCAGGUGACACGCAUAUUAUACCCUACUCUAAAAAAUUUAACAACAUCUCAAUGACACAAAACUUACCAACGUAAACUUAAGAAAGAGGGAAUAUUUACUGUAGCCCUUGCUAUUUCUUGCGCAGGCCCUCAAUAUCCAGAAACAAAAAAGCUUUCACAAGAAUAAAAAUUUACGACCAAAUAUCAUACCUUUUGAAUAAUGGCAGGUCAAGUAUAAGGUGCUCACACGUGCAAUUUAGCUAUCCAUUCAUGGCCGCCUAAAUAUUCUAAAUAUAAAAGAAAUAUUUUCUUCAACCGAUAGUGGAGUUAUAUAGCAUGCCACACAUCCUCGCAUAGUUAAAUUUAAUACUCUACAAAGGCAAGACAGGAGAAAAUCCUAUACAAUUUAACCAUAUCAUUUAUUUGAAGAAAUUAAAUCGAAUAUCUACAUAUAAUAUCAAUAUUAUUUAAUCUACAUAAAAAAUAAAAUGUACCACUAAAGUAAAUUAAAGGAAAAGAAUAAAGAGAGAGAUUUGAUAAUCAUUCAACAUACUUUCCGUUGUUACAAUUUUGGGGAAGAGACCGGAGCCAAACAGUUACAAUUUCUCCUAAAUGUCUUCUCCUUAUUUAAUUAAGUAAUGUAUUUAUUCACUUUUAAAUUUUUAAAAAUGAGUUAGUUAAGCAGAAAAUGUAGGAGAAAAAGGCAAAAAAAAAAAAAAAAAAAAAAAAAAGAUAAA